GUGUCAAGGCAGUCUACCAUUUUGACUUGUCAUCUUUCGUACCUAAUCUGAUACUGAAAUAUUAACUUUUAAUUUUAAUAGAAUAUAGUAAAUAAAAUGGUUUUAGCUACAGUUAUUGAAAAUGAAGCUCAUUUCCAGUCGGAAAUGACAAAUGCCGGCACCAAAUUAGUCGUUGUAGACUACACUGCCAGUUGGUGUCCACCAUGCCAACGAAUCGCUCCGUUCUUUGAACAACUACCAAAUAAGUUUCCGAGGGCUUUGUUCUUAAAAGUGGACGUAAAUAGAUGUACUGAAACUGCCAGCGCCCAGGGUAUCUCGGCAACACCAACAUUUGUUUUCUACAGAAACAGAACGCGGAUUGAUCGCCUACAAGGUGCUGAUCCUGCUACCUUAGAGAAUAAGGUCAGACAAUACUAUGGCACAGAGGAGUCCAACGAUGAAGACAAUUCUGUUGCAGGCCAUAUGGAUCUGGCCACAUUCAUCACAAAGAGUGAAUGUGAGUGCUUAAAUGAGGCUGAUGAUCAUCCUCUGGCACAUUGCCUUACCAGCGGCGGUGGAUACUUAGCUAGUGAUUGUGAUGAACAACUCAUCAUCAACAUAGCCUUCAACCAGUUGGUGAAAUUGCAUUCAGUAAAAAUCAAGGGACCCGCAGAUAAGGGGCCCAAAUGUGUAAAACUGUUCAUCAACCAGCCAAGAACACUUGAUUUUGAUCAGGCUUCUGGUAAUGCAUCUAUUCAAGAAUUGGAAGUAACUCCAAGUGACCUGGAAGGCAAUCCUAUUCCAUUGAAAUUUGUGAAAUUCCAAAGUGUUCAAAAUAUUCAAUUAUUCAUAAAAGACAACCAGUCUGGAGAUGAUGUGACCCAAAUUGAUCAUCUUGCUUUCUAUGGAUCACCAAUCUCUACAACCAAUAUGGGAGAAUUCAAGCGUGUGGCAGGUAAAAAGGGUGAGAGUCACUAGCGUUUACUUACCCUGUGCAGGCGUACACAAAUAUAAGGAUGGUUCAGUUCAGUGUAAUAUGCGACUACCCCAUAAACCAUACAGUGUAUCUUGCAAUAGGUUGGAAAAUGAAAUGGACAUUAUUGUGUUACUUAUAGUAUUGCUGUCUAUAUAUCAAAAUAUCAAUAAAGGAUUUUUGAAAUUUGCCCAUAAAUUAAAUGGACAUUGUGUUACUUAUAGUAUUGCUGUCUAUUUAUCGAAAUAUCAAUAAGGAUUUUUGAAAAUUGCCCAUACAUGAAAUGGACAUUAUUGUGUUAACUAUAGUAUUGUUGUCUAUUUAUCGAAAUAUUAAUAAAGGAUUUUUGAAAAUUGCCCAUAUAGAAUACCAAUAAAGUGUAUUUAUAAAAGUUUUCAAUAAUGUAAAAUAUGGGCAAUUUCAAAUUUGUAUACAAAUAUAGAUCUGCAGGAGAACUUUUGACGAAAUCAAAUGAGGGAUCAAAUCACAUUGAGUAUAUGACAUAUUCAACGUAAUAUUCUCUUUUAUAAUUUUGUUUCAUACAAAUCAUUAAAUGCUAUAUUAUACACAGUGAGUACUGCUGAAAAAGGGGCCGGAGAAAUAUAAAUAUUGCAGUAAAUUUGAGUUUCGUUAAUUUAUUUUAUAAAGGUAUUAUCUGAGAUUUGUACAUUACAUGGUGUAUAGACUGACAGUUGAAUUUCAAUAGACCAUAUAAAUAUCAUUUCAUUUCGAUUCCAUUAAUCAAAAGUUAGCCUGCUGUAUCAUACCUAGCAUUGUAAUCGAAUUUGAAAUAAACUUGACUGUUAAUAGAUAUUCAUACUACAUAUAUACAUUACUGUACUGUACUCUAUAUUGAUACGAAUUUUAAGCAUGUCUAUAACUAAUGUUUAUCUGUAGAACAACAUUUCUCUUAGCAAGUUAUUACAUUAUCAAAUAUUUAUUGUCUGCUAAAAUAUUUUGUAAAUUUAUUUCAUUUUAGUUUCGUCCCUGUAUUUAGAACUCAGAAAUGUGCACAUACUAUUUAUUUGAUAUAAUAAUAACCUCUACAAUAGCGAUGACAGUGGUCUCAUGUUUAUCAUAGUAAUAGCUAAUAAUAUUUGUCAAUGGGUAAAUUAUGUUA